AUGCCAACAACAGCACAUCCAGCAUUUAAUAAAGCUUGUUCUUAUUUUAAAAUAAAAUUAAGACGUAUUCCAUUAAAUCCUCAAACACGUGAAGUUAAUCUAGAUAAAAUGCGUCAAGCCAUAACUAAAAAUACUUGUAUGAUUGUCGCAUCAGCACCGAAUUUUCCACAUGGUGUUAUUGAUCCUAUUGGAGAUAUUUCUAAAAUUGCUGUGGAAUAUGACAUUCCAUUACAUGUUGAUGCUUGUUUAGGUGGUUUUCUUAUUCCAUUUAUGGAUCAAGCUGGUUUUCCAUUAGAACCAUUCGAUUUUCGUCUACCAGGUGUAAUGAGUAUGAGUUGUGAUACACAUAAAUAUGGAUUUGCACCUAAAGGUACAUCGGUAAUUCUUUAUCGAAAUGAACAACUUCGUGAAUAUCAAUUUUAUGCAUUGGCUGAUUGGCCUGGUGGUCUUUAUGGUUCGCCAUCGAUAGCUGGUAGUCGUUCUGGUUAUUUAAUUGCUUGUUGUUGGGCUACACUUAUGUAUUAUGGUCGUGAAGGUUAUAUUGAAGCAACACGAAAAAUUAUUCAAACAGCACGAGAUAUUGCUAAAGGAUGGAGUGAAAUUAAUGGUCUUUAUCUUUUACAUCAACCUGAUGUAAGUGUAGUAGCAAUAAGUUCGGAUAAAUUUAAUAUUUAUUAUUUAUUCGAUGGUUUACAUGCAAAAGGAUGGCAUUUAAUUGGUUUACAAAAUCCAUCAGGUAUGCAUAUUGCUGUUACUCAAAUUCAUACACAACCUGGUGUUGUUGAUAAACUUCUUGAAGAUACACGACAAUGUGUAAGAGAAAUUGUUACAAGUGAUGUUAAAAAAGAUACAGCAACAGCUGUUCUAUAUGGUACAAAUCAAAAAGUACCAGAUAAAUCUCUCGUUUGUGAUAUAGUUAAAUUAUACAUAAGUUCAUGGUAUAAAACAAAUUUAGAUGUACCAAAAGAUGAUGAAAUAACAAAUUGA